AUGAAGAGAUGCAAAUUUUGUGGUUCUGACUCUCCUCAUAGUGAUAUUGCAACCGGAUUUGCCGUCGAUCUGUACCAUGCUGUACGCUCUGUGCAGCAGGACCAAAAUCUUAUUUGCUCACCCAUGUCUAUCAGUCUUGGCCUUGGGAUGAUAGCACUGGGUGCCAGAGGGACAACUUGCAGCAGAUUUAGUGAGAAAUACAAGCUAAAACUUGCCAAUGCAAUUUACGUUCAGAAUGGAUACCCUAUUUCUCAACAAUAUCUCCACAGCAACCAGGAAUUCUUUGAUAAUACUGUAAGGACAGUAAAUUUUCAAGAUUUCAUAUCUACUGCCAACAUUAUUAAUACGUGGGUAGCUAAUCAAACCAAUGGCAAAGUCAAAAACUUGGUCUCAAGUCAUUCUUUCAGCCCACUUACAAAACUAGUUUUAGUGAAUGCCAUUUACUUCAAGGGAACAUGGAAACACAUUAAUUCAAAGAACACAAGAAUGAUGGAGUUUAUCAAGAAUGAUGGCUCUGUUGUGAUACCAAUGAUGCACCAACAGGUGACAUGCAGAUUUGGCUAUUUUAUGGCAGGUGAGAUGAGAUACCAGGUUUUAGAAUUGCCUUACAGUGGAGAUGAGGCCAGCAUAAUCCUGGCACUUCCAGCAGAAGGAACUGAUUUAGUGGAGUUGGAAAAACUUAUCACACCACAAAUCAUGCAAAAGUGGGACUCCACAAUGACGGAGGAUGAGAUUGAGAUUAAUCUUCCAAGAUUUACAAUCCAACAGAAGCUUGAUUUGAAAGAGCCACUUGAAGUCCUCAAUAUUACAGAAAUAUUUGCAAUUGGAAGUGAUCUUUCUGGGAUUGCGGAUUCACCUGACCUGCACAUUUCUCAAGCAGUUCAUCAAGCAUUUAUUGAGAUAAAUGAAGAAGGGAGUGAAGCAGCAGCUUCAACAGGUAAUCAGCCAGCAAUCAUGAGCCUUCCUCACCAUCAAUUUAUGGCUAAUCGUCCUUUUGUGUUUCUUAUACAGAGCAAGUUAACGGUCUGGCCUGUUGGGCAUAUCCUGCAGCUUCACUACAAACAACGUACUGCACAGACAAAGAAGCAUAAUGAGAGUCCCAGGCUCAAUCCUCGGCGAGAGUCAGCGGCCAGUAUCGCGAGAUGCUGGCGCUAUGGUAACCACCGGCGCUACAAAGCUGCCGUGCCCGGUGAAGGGGAUGGACGGCCGGUGUUAGAGUCAGUCUGGUGUAUUCGUUAUUCCUUCAUCGUGGAAGAUUCACCUGAACCAAUGCGGAAUAUAGAAGCACCAUACCUGCAUUCUGGCAUUAUGUUGUUGGACGUUACAACUGUUAUUCUUUGA